AUGGUCCAACCCAACACCAAGGUCGAGGUCGUCGAGGUCUCCGAUGAAGGCCAUUUCGAGGUCGCGAUCAUUGGCGGUGGAAUUAUUGGCCUUGCGCUCGCGACUGGCCUUCUCCAGCGUAAUAUCAAAUUCACCAUAUAUGAGCGAGCGCAUACGUUUCGCGAGGUUGGGGCUGGAAUCGGCUUCACUCCAAAUGCUGAACGGGCCAUGACGGCGCUGAACCCGGCCCUUCACGCCGCGUUCCGCAAGGUUGCCGCGCAGAAUGACGAGGACUACUUCUACUAUCUAGAUGGCUACCACAGCAGCAAGGAAGAUCCGAAACACGAAGAAACUAUUCUUAAAUUGUAUCUGGGCGAGCGUGGGUUUGAAGGAUGUCGAAGAUCUGACUACCUGGCUGAGAUGGUAAAACUGGUUCCAUCAGAAUACAUUCAACAUGACAAGGAUCUCGUCUCUGUGAUUGAAAAUGAUGAAGAUGAGAGAAUUCACUUAUCAUUCCAAGAUGGCACGACUGCGACGGCCGACAUUGUGAUUGGUUGCGAUGGGAUCCAUUCGAAGAUGAGAGAAAUUAUUCUUGGAGACAACCACCCUGCUUGCACUCCUUCCUAUAGCCACAAAUACGCUAUUCGAAGUCUUGUACCAAUGGAUAAGGCUAGGGCCGCUCUUGGAAUCUUCAAGACCAGCAACCGUGUCAUGCACUGUGGUCCUGGUGCUCACGCCUUGACGUUUCCAGUGGCAAACAACACGAUCCUGAACGUCGUUGCUUUCGUCACGGACCCUGACGAGUGGUCGGCACCAGAUAAUAAAUUUGUUGUUCCAGCUACAAAGGCCGAGGCGACUGAAGCGUUCUCAAAAUUCAACCCAGUGGUCCGGGAUCUCAUGGCUCUCCUACCUGAAAAUCUGGACAAAUGGGCAGUGUUUGACACACGCAAAGAGCCUGUACCCUCCUAUGCCAAUGGUCGUCUUUGCCUAGCGGGCGAUGCAGCGCAUGCUUCUUCCCCCCACCACGGUGCUGGUGCAGGAUGUGGCAUUGAGGACUGCCUCGCUCUUGCCGUCCUUUUGCAGCAUGUGUCAGAAUACCCCAAGGCUUUGCGUCCUACAGCUUCCCGUGUUGCCCUCGAGGUUUAUAACAAUGUCCGUUAUGAUCGGUCCCAGUGGGUCAUGGAUACGAGUCGAGUCAUUGGUGAGGUCUACGAAUUCCAAAAUCCGGAGUGUCUCUCCAAUCACAAGAAGAUUGCCCAGGAAAUUCAUGAUCGAUCGCACAAGAUAUGGGAUUACGACAUCAACGCGAUGGUGGACGACUCAUCCAACCAGUUCACAUUGGCAAUGAAAGAGGUGCCUUCUUCUGCAGCGAGCAAAACCACCUCUGAGCUUGAUAAACCGCUUGUUGCUGACCCUCCGGCACCUUCCUAUCUCUCCGGAUUCCGACUGUGGGCCUUCUUAAUCUCGAUGACGCUCGUAUAUUUCCUCAUGAUGCUCGACAUGUCGAUUCUUUCUACAGCGAUCCCACAUAUAACCGACGAGUUUAAUUCCCUGCUUGACGUGGGUUGGUAUGGAGCCGCUUACCAGCUAUGCGCUGCUUCAUUCCAGCCUCUGACCGGAAAGAUGUACGCUCGGUUCAACUCGAAAAAGAUUUUCCUAGGUUUCUUCACUAUCUUCAAUAUUGGGUCUGCUAUCUGUGGUGCAGCGCAAACAUCGGCCAUGUUGAUUGCUGGACGAUUCAUUGCUGGGCUUGGGGGUGCUGGACUCAUGAACGGAGGUUUCACGAUGAUACACGCCUCGAUUCCUCCUGAACGUCGGCCUGGAAUGCUAGGGUUUUUCAUGGCCUUCGGAAACCUAGGUUCUGCCAGCGGGCCCCUUAUUGGAGGAGCCAUCACGGAGUUCGUAUCAUGGCGCUGGUGCUUCUACAUCAACCUUCCCGCUGGUGCUCUUGUGUUCGCUGCCCUCCUGUACCUGAACGUUCCCGAGAUCCUUGUUAAACCCCACUGGAAGGAAGUCCUCAAGCACCCAAUGCGAGAAUUCGACCUCAUCGGAUUUGGACUAUUUGGACCCGCUGCGAUCAUGUUUUUCAUCGUCCUAGACUUUGGUGGAAAUCGAUACGCCUGGGACAGCCAGGAAGUCAUUGGCCUCUUCUGCGGAACCGGAGUCAUGUUCGCCAUCUUCUGUUUUUGGAACUACCGGAAGGGCAUGUCUGCUUUAAUACCCUUCUCAAUGUUGGGAAAACGGAUCGUUUGGUCAUGCUGCGCGACUAUCUUUAUCAUUUCGGGCACAGUGUUUGUGACAGCGUACUAUCUCCCUUUAUACUUCCAGGGUGUCAAGGCCGAUACACCAUUCCAAAGCGGCUACAAUUUCCUUCCCACGAUUAUGACACAAAUUGUGUUCACUAUCCUGAGCGGAAAGCUUGUGCAACGAUUCGGUUACUACUUGCCUUUCAUCCUUAUAGGCGGGGCAUUGAACUCUAUUGGAUCUGGCUUGUUCACCACGGUGUCGACUUCAACAAGUAUUGCAAAGCUAGUGGGAUAUCAACUAAUCUCCGGAACCGGAAGAGGUCUCGCCCUUCCGAUGCCGAUGAUUGCACUACAGAGUUCCCUUCUGCCUACCGAAGUUCCCGUAGCUCUCGCUAUUUUUGUCUUCUCUCAACAGAUCGGCGGUGCUCUCAUGACUGUUAUUGGCCAGACUAUCUUUACAAAUGAGUUGAAGAACAACCUCAAGAGUGAUUUGCCCGCUGUCGACUCGAAGAAGAUCAUUGAAGCUGGUGUAACACGGAUGAGGGGUCUUGUUAAUGCAGGACAAUUACCGUCUCUACUGAGGGCAUACAGUGAGAGCAUAGGAACUACAUUCUAUUUCGGUACUGGCAUGUCAAUUUUGGGAGUCAUUGUAAGUUGCUGGAUGGGCUGGAAGGAUGUAAGGCCUAAGCCCAAAGCAUCUUAA